AAAUUCCCUAGCACCACCUUUGUUUCACUCACUGACAUUUCAACCCCAAACUAAAUUAAAAUGUCAAAAUAGCUCCAAAAUUAUCCGUAAAUUAUGGAAAAAUUAGCAACCGAAAACCUCUUCCUCCUCGAAUUCCUCGUCGACGAUGUCAAGAUGGACGGCCGCUGCGACUGCGACACCCCUCCAGGCGAGCACUGCGUCUCCUUCCAGUUCUUAGACAACGACCCUCUGGAGGUAUGCGAGGCGGACUUCUCUCCAGCCCGCAAAUACGGCAGGGAAGAGAACAUCAAAAGCGGUAAAUCGUGCCUGUUUUCUUUGACACCGGAGCAAGUACAGAAGGCCUUGGAGGUCUUCGACGUCAUGAUCACCGUGUUCAAGAAGAUGCAACCUGGAUGGCUCCCGGAGAAGAUCUGCAUAGGCUCGGCGUUGGUGUCCAUCGCAAAUUUGUUCGUGGAGUUGAUCCGGUGCGUGGAGCUGCAGGCGGAGCAAGGACCCUCGGCGAAGACACUGAAGGACACCUUCAAGCUGCUGGACUCGGUGGGGACUUGUGUGGGGAAAGUGAGCAUCUAUGUGAGGAUGUCGUGCUUCGGGAAGUUGAUAGUAACACAGUUUCAGAUGAACCUCCAGGACCAGUCCGUCCUUUUCAAGGACAAAGGUGGCCAGUCCUUGUACCGGUACAAGAAGGCCAAAAAGGAGUCCGAGCAAGUAUGUACCCCAUAUUCCCCAGCGGCUGUAGCUUCAGCGUCGCCCGCUCCCGUUGGCGGCGACUCGUCCCCCGUUGGCGGCGACGCUGGUCAGGACUUCCAAAUGGGGGCGAAUUUCAACCAGCCGCCUCAAAUGUCCCAGAUGUACCCACCCCCGAACCUGAACUGUCCCAACGUGCCGUGCUUUCCGGGAGACCCGGGCAUGUAUGGUUCCCCGUUCCAAGAUAUGGGUAUGGGAAUGGGUGGCAUGGGAGGCAUGAGUGCUAUGGGGGGCAUGGGAGGUAUGGGUAUGGGCAUGGGGAUGAUGCCCCCUCCGAAUUCCCCCCAGUCUGGCACCUUCGGCUCCCCAUCCGCCGCCCUCCCGUGCAGCGAGUGUACCAUGAUGAUGAACAUGCCACCCAUGGGGGGACCGAUGGGGGGACCCAUGGGCGGGUCCCAACAGCCCCCAUGUCUGGCCCCAGGUAACUCCCAAAUGCUCACACCUUGUGAGGAGUGCGGCACACUUCUGCCCCCACAAUUCAAAUCAGACGUGAUGAACUGCCCCAGUUUGCCGCCUCCAGACCCCCCUGGAAACUACCAAGAGAUCGGGGCAAGCAUGGGCGGAAACGCCCUCACAAUUAGGGUGCACAAAGACAAGAAUAAAAUCGAACAGGUGGAGUGUGACUCCGUUGGUGGUGGCAGUGGAGGCAGCUGCUGCUGCUCCCCCGGGAACAUCGGCGUCCGACGUCCCAAAAAAGACGUCCCUUGUCCCGCCACGCCCACCCAGGCCUACGAUAUGCGUCCCGGUGUGCAACAAGGGGACAAGAACCUCCCUUUCUCCUUCAAGAUGGGAGGGGCGGGUUGCGCUCCCGAUAACAACGUCGUCGUCAACCCCCCCGUGUGCACCAGACCCGACGGCACGAAGUUUACCGAAAUUACGGACCCGAACAAGGAGAUGUUCGUGUUGAGGAUAGGUAAGAAGAGCGAGGGGGUGCAGAAGAAAGCGAACUUGGAGUUGGAGCUGUGUACGCCAAGAGGGCCAGAAUUGAAGCCCAUUCCGAAGAAGGAGACGAGGGAUAGUCAGUACGACCCUGCGGACUGUAAAGCGGAGACAGAGAAGGGUGGGAAAGGGAAGAAGGGGAAAGGCGACAAAGGAGGGAAAAAAGGGAAAGGAGGAAAAGGGAAGAAAGGGAAGAAGAAAUGAUUGGGUGGCCGGACUUGAUUUAGUGACUUAGUUUGAGUGGUGGUAAUAAGUUGUUGGGGUUGAGUUUGUGUUUGUUCGUUUGUUUGUUCUUUGUGUAAUUUAAGAAUAAAUUUGAGAGUAGUCUA